AAGUAAAAACAAUAUCGUAAAAAUCAACCCAAAAAAAGAGAUGUGCGUUUGUUUUUCUCUGCAUUUCCCCUGGCUUCUUUCCAUUUCAUUUCUUUGGUUUUCUGGUAGACUGACUGACUGACUGACUGAUGAGACUGAGUGGCUGCUGAUACAAAUAAAUAAGAAAUCUGCCCAAACCUACUCUUCUUUUUAUAUAAAGCAUCUGAUUCCUCUCUCCCUCCUUUUUUCUUUCCCUGAUGGCGUCUUCUACUUCGCUUACCCCGUCUCAUUUUGCUUCGACACGCGUUCACACACGCGCCAUUUCUUCUCAGUUGCCCUCUAAGCUAAGCUCUUCAAGAAUCUCAUUUCCUCUGAAAAAUGGGUCCUUGAAGCUUCGUUAUGCGCCUCCGCUCACUCUCAAGGCCCUCUCUGCCCGUGAACCCAAAGCUGCGGUGGUUACUAAAGACACGUGGGAGAAAUCAAUAUUGAACAGUGAUACCCCUGUUCUUGUUGAAUUUUAUGCAAGCUGGUGUGGCCCCUGCAGGAUGGUCCACCGAAUUAUUGAUGAGAUUGCAGGAGAGUAUGCCGGGAGACUUAGCUGCUUUGUGCUCAAUACGGAUGAUGACUUGCCAAUUGCAGAGGAUUAUGAAAUCAAGGCUGUACCUGUGGUGUUACUGUUCAAAAAUGGAGAGAAGCGGGAGUCUGUUGUUGGAACCAUGCCAAAGGACUUUUAUAUCGCCGCCAUAGAGAGGGUUCUGAAGUCAUAAACAAUGAUAUAGUGCAUAACUGGAAUGUCCAGUAAAGGUUUCAGCUCUUCUUGCAUAUAUAUAUGUUGAUUGGAUUGUAAGUGCAUAACUUGUACAUCCUUUUAGUUGUAUCUUGCUAGUUGCUGUUACCACCAUAGCUUCCAAAUGGUCUGAAUGGUCCUUUUUGGUUCACGGUUAUCCUUUUUUACUGGAGUCUUGAAACUUAAAAACUGUUCUAUCAAUCCAAUCUUUGCGUUGCCCCCA